UUGGCUUCUCCAGACAUUCAGUAGUUGCUCAGGAGAGGCUCGGGCCAGAAACUCAUCACCAUGAAGCUCAUCACCAUGGCCCUGAUGUGCCUGCUGCUGGCUGCAGUGUGGCUACAGGAUGUGGAAAGCAAGAGCUUGCAUGUGUCCUCCGCUAACUGCUGCUUCAACAGCAUGAAGAGAAUGCCUUCCCUGAAGUCAGUCAAGUGUUACAAAGAGACCAGCUCCACCUGUGGCAAUCCAGCUGUGAUAUUCAAGAUGAAGAAGGGCAGAGAAAGCUGUGCCUUGAAGACGAGCCCUUGGCUUGAUGAUUACCUGAAGAAGGUGAGACACUGCUGAAGUGAAGAGGAGCUCUGCCUUCCCAUCCCAGCUCUGGAGAUUGCGGCUUCACUCAGUCCCACACCCUCCAGCUGCCACCAUCCCUCUGCCCACUGUUGCAGGCUCACGAAUGUCAGUCAUGUGAUAAGCUAUAUUAUGGUACUUUAUCUGCUUAAAUUAUGAAAUCUUCAA